AUCGAACCAAAUCCAAAAAAAAAAUUUGUUUCUGAAAUAAUUUCAGUUUGUUCUCCAUUGUUUUAGUGAAAACAUAAUAAAAAUACUUCGUAGAAUAUUAGUGUAGCGGCUGUUAUAUUCGGCAGAACUUGUAAACAAUGGUGUUGCAGUACAUUUAUUAAAUAUCAUUUCUCAUAGUAAAACUAUCGAAAAUAUUGCCACAACAUCAAGGAAACAAAAGUAAUGGAUGAGCAGCAAUUGUACGAUGAGACCAUGCUGGACAUUGAUCCAAUACUUGAAGAUUUUCCUAUGGAAAUGUACCAGGGAUCUCCUGGUAGUGAAGGAACACUAGAUGUACUUGAAAGUGAGCAUAAUCUGUCUCCAGUGAUGGAAUCGCUUGAAGAGUUAUCUCCGAACCACGAAAACGGCAUGAUGAGUCCUCAGUACGGAGCCUUUAUUGAUCCAGACAUAUUCCUCAACGGAGUUGUUAAGAGAGAAAGCGAGUCAGAUUGUUCCACGUCCUCACAUAGGAACACCCCUUCUCCCUCGGAUAGCAGUAAGAGUUGCGAUUCAUAUCCAUCUAGUGGAUAUGCAUCAUGUAGUAGUGCUCAAAUGAACAAUAUUCUGUUCGACAGCCCUCCCACUUCACCAGAAUAUCCCGUUAAUCCGCCUCAACUCGUUUCAAAUCUCAACAACAAUAUAAUCAGAGUCGGUACGGCCCAACUGCCAGCAAUACAAAAACCAUCCUGCCCAACAAACAUAGCAGAUUUGAAGAAAGUUAAAAUUCCACCAAAAGGAUCGAUCAAUGUUAACGGCAUCUCGUCGGGGGGAAUAACAAAAACCAUUACAAAGAAGACAAUUGUUCUAACAGCGAAGGACUAUCAAGCACUGAUGAAAAACAUGAAGAACCAACCUAACAAUGGAACAAUUUUGAUCAAAGCUACACAAGCAUCCGCGUUUGUAGCAGCGGCCAGCAAAGAUAAACCCGUUCUCCCUAAGCCACUUCAGCAGUCACAAGUGACAUCAUCGUUGUCCACUGUUCAGGAGUUAUAUCAACCGGAGGAAUCAGUACAACAUACGGUAGCAUCCGUUCCUCGUCCUCCUUCCGCACAAACACAUUUGCUGUUGCCUACAAUAGAAGGAUCGGUUAACGAGCGGGUGUUCAAGAAACAUCAGCGGAUGAUAAAAAACCGGGAGUCCGCAUAUUUGUCCCGAGUGCGCAAGAAGGAGUACGUUACUUCACUGGAACAGCACAUCGAUGAGCUGACGAAGGAGAAUAUGUACUUGAAAGACGAAAACAAUGGACUGUUGGAAAAAUUAAAACAGAAAUGUUCAUGUCAUGGUGGAAAUAGACCUAGUUUUGGACAUCUGAAUGCCUUCACCAAGCAGCUGACUCCCAACGUUCGAAAGAAUACUGCUAUAGUUCUAGCAAUGCUAUUCAUGGUUUCGUUCAACUUUGGGCCACUUGGAAAUUUGCUCACCGGAAGCGUCAGGAACCAAGCCGGUUUGGAAACAACCGACGAUAUACCCCAUCAUCAACGAAAUUUGCUAUGGAUAGAGGAUUCCAACGCUUUCAACGCUCGUAACGUCGACAUCAGUUUAAACCUAACUAACUACGAAGAUCUUUCUGUUGGAGCAGCAGAAGAACCUUAUGCUGUUUGUCCAUUCUACGUCAAUCAAACCGAAAACAUCAGACUGGCCAGUGAACUACGACGAUGGAUCGGUGAAAAUGGGUAUAAGAAUCUGACCGAUCGUGACGGUGAUGAUAUGAGUAUUAACUCAUUUUCGGAAAUGUUUGCUCUGAAGGAUACGAUUGACUCGAUGUAUCGGCAGAUGAAGGACAUUAGUUCGCAGAUGGACGCGUUUCAAAAAAGAACUAGACUGACGGGAAACAAGAAGCGACCGCAGUUAAAAGGAAAAAAGGCCCGGGAGUUGGAAAUCUAUCAGCAGCAGAGAGCUAGGAAGGAAAGUGAUUUGGCUUUUUACUACUCUGGGUUCAGUAAGAAAUAUGCGAAAUUUUUUGAAGAAAUUGGCCGUCGAGACGACACAUUCUACCUGGUGUCGUUUAGUGGAGAACAUUUGCUGCUGCCGGCGUUGGCCCACAAUAAAACCAAUCGACCCAAAAUGUCCCUCAUGUUGCCAGCUCUGAUGGAUAACGCGACACAUCCAUCGGACAAGGUAACGUUGAUGCAGAUCGACUGCGAAGUAAUGAAUACUUCAAUGAUCCAAAUUAGAGAGAAAACCAUUCCGGGUGAUCUGCUACGGUCCCACGCUAAGGCAGACGAUAGCACCAGAGCCAACGGCAAGAAGGCUAAAUCUUCGACUGAUUUUAGUGACAAUAAUGUGCAAAAUGUUAGCAGUUCUAGUACUGCUAAGGAAAGCAGAAGGUAUAAUAAGGAUCCCUCUGCCAGACCGUUUUUUGUUCAACGCAUGAGCGAACAUAUGAAACAUGAAUAUGAUCUACAUUAGAAAGUAACUUAAUCACUUAUCUCUCGACUAACAAUUGAAAAAAGCCUAUCAGCUUUUGUAAACAAAACUUUGUAAGCCCUUUCGCUCGCAAACCGAAGGCCGCCAAUCAAUGACAUCAUCGUGCUGGGGAAAGUUUCUCCUAAACUGAUGCUGUUGGGUUGCGUGGGCGGCCUACGCUUUGAGAGGAAAAGGCCUUACAAAGUUUUGCUUAAAAAAUCCGAUAGGCCAUUUUCAAUUGUUGGUAGAAAUCUGUUAUGUUGUUCAAAAUUUUCUGUUAAUUUUUCGUACCUUGACUUUUUUUUGUUAUACAGCUCUAAUAGAUAUAAAAAGCACCUUAAAAUUAUUUACAACUUGGUACGAGUUCAUGUAACGAUUGUGCAAUGCAUUGCAAUUAU